AUGGAAACGCUGAAAAAGCUACAAAAAAAUUCUCUUAAUAAAAAAGAACACAAUGAUCUUGAAAAUGUACUUGGAAUAAUAUUUGAUGAGUUAAUGCUAGACUUUAAAAUAAAAUUUAUAGAAAAAAUAUCGAUAUUAAUCAAUGAAGUGAAACAUAGUGACUCAAUUUUCGAAAUUGAUAAGGGUGAGCAUAAUGCGAAGCGGGGUAAACAUAACAAUAGUAACAAAAAUGAAGAUGAAAAAAAAAAAUAUAAUAAAUGCUUAUAUAAUGAGGACAAUACUCUUAGUAUAUAUUUAGAAAGUUAUAUGGAUAGAAAAAAUCAUAGUUUGUUAAAAAAAAUGAAAAAGGGGAAUAGAGAACGAGACAUAUAUGGAUUUUAUAAAAAUAUCGAUUCUGAAAAUGAUGAUAACAAAGUGGAGAAAGAAGAUGAUGAUAAAAAAAAACAUUCUCUCAAUUUAUUUGAAGGAGGGAAAAGGAAUUUUAAUUUUCCAAGUAAAAUAGAAAAUGAUAUAUAUAAAAUAAAAGACAAAUCAUCUUUUAUAUUAAAUAAAGACAAAAAAAUUAAGUCAGAUAAUGAUAAUAAUGAAAUAAAUUUAUUAAAUUUAAAAAAAGCAUAUGAAUAUAAUUAUUUAAAAAAAAAAAAUAUAUCUGAAAAUAUAAAAGAGUUAGAAAUUUCCAAUGAAUUAAAUAAGGAUAUAUCUGAUUUGCAAACACAAGUAGAUACGUCUCAAAAAAAAGAUUUAGAUAUAUAUUCGAAUGUAAUAAGUAGAUAUACAGUAAAGAGACUUUUAUCGAAUAGGGGAGUAGAUAAAUAUGGUAGCAAUAACAACCAAAAUACUUGUACAAAUAAAGAAUUGAUUAGUAGUUCAUAUAUAGAUAAAUUAAUGGUAGGAAAGAUGGAACGUUUGGGUUAUAAUAGUGAUUCGAAUGAUGAAAAUAUGAUAAAAAAUGUUAGCGGGGGUAUAGAAGAUGAUGAUAAUAAGGAAAAGGGAACAAGAUUGCGUGAAAAAUACCUUGGGAAAUUACGUGGAAAAUAUGAAGAAUUGAUAAGUAAGUCAUUAGAGGAAUUACCAGAGAAAGAGAAAGGUGAACCAAAUGAUUGGAAAUUUAAAUUCGUCGAUACUAUGAAAACUGAUAGUGCUAUUUAUAAGCCACGUUAUUGUGACUUAAAAGAUAAGUUAAGCAUAGAAAAUUUAAACUAUAAAAAUAUUGAAAAAGAAUAUGAUGCGAUUUGCAAAAAAAGAGAAAAGCAUAAAGUUGAAUCAUUAGCUUCAGAAAAAGAUCCUAUAAAUUAUUUGAUAGAAGCAGAAUUACGUGAAAGGAUAAAUAUUGAUAGCAAUGAUGACGAUAAUGAUAAAUGUGUGAAAAAUAACUGCAAAAAAACAAAAGGGAUACAUUGCGAAAAUAAAAAAAAGAAACAAUUAUUUUUUGAAGUUAUAAGAGGUAAAAGACGAAAAAAUUUAAAAGGAUUUGAAUGUGAUGAUUGUAAAUCUUUUUAUAAUGAAAUAUUUUCUGACCAUUCAGAAAACGAAAAUUUCAAACAAAUAGAAGAAAAUGUGAAUCGCUUCGAAAGCAAAAAAAAAAAUAUAGAUGAGGAUAAUAAAUCAGAUGAACAUAGAAACCCAGUUCAUGAUAUAUUAAAAAAAAAGAUGAAUCAAGAUAUAAAUAUCAAACCAGGGGAUAUAUUAUUAUAUAAAAAUAAUAAAUAUAAUUAUGACAAGGAAAAUAAUACAACUAUAAGUGAUACAUUAAAAAAAAUAUAUCAAAAAAAUCAUAUUAUUUACUCAAAGAAUAGAAAAAAUGAUUCUAAUUCUAUAUAUGACAGUGAUUUAGAUAAAUCUACAAAUGAUGGUAGAUUAUCUAAUAAAUAUGAACAAAAUGGAAAAGAACACAUUAACAAAUCUAAACAAGAUGAUGAAAAUGAGGAAACAUAUUAUGAGAUAUGUGAUGAUAAUCAAAACAAAAAAAAAGAAAUAAAUAAAAAAAAAGCUAUACAGACUUAUUCUCGGCAUAGGUUUCAUAAUAAGGUUAAUGAUUCUCCUCAAAAUUUUUGGGGUUUCGAUUUUUUUAAAUAA